AUCACUAGAAACAAAAAAAACUAUUAACAUAACAAGUGAGUGUUUGUUCCUUUAGCUAAGCUAACCCAAAACCCCUAAACCCAAGGAUGAGAAUGAAAAGUAUGAGGAAGAAGAAGAAGGGUGGUGCCACUGGUGGUGGCGGCGGCGAAGAAAAUGAACUGAAAGCGGCGAAGUUGAAAGGAGCAGAAAGAUCAGCGUAUUUCGCAAGGAGAGAAGCAGCGAAGAUAUUGAGAAGUGUUCUUGAAGGAGACGCUAAACGUCGUGCACUUGCUUCUAUUAAAACCCUAGUUUAUCAUCCUUCUGUUAGAAACAAAAAAGCCACUUUUGCUCUCAUAUGUCAAACCCUCAAACAUCUUCCCAUUAUCAAUGAUGUUUUGAAAUCUGCUUCUAUACUCAACACCAAGUGGAAGAGGCAACAAGAAUUGGUCUAUAUAAUUGUCUAUGAUAUCCUUUUCGGCCAGGCAGUUCCACUGGUUGGUGAUGCUGAGAAGUAUCUCAUGCGCCACAAGGAUGCACUACAUUUACAUCUGAAAAAGAUUCUGUCACGGAGAAAUGUGACGACUGUUAAAGAGUUGUUUGCUCUACAUGAAGUUCCUGAUGUUUCUGUACCUCGAAAUGUUCGUGUGAAUACACUUAAACUGGAUGUUGAUUCAGCCUUAGUUGAACUUCGGAAAGAUUACUCGGUUCAAAAGGAUGAUUUACUGCCUGAUUUGCUGAUACUCCCUCCAGGAACUGAUUUACAUGAUCAUCCUCUUGUCAAGAACGGAAGCAUAUUUCUCCAAGGCAAGGCGAGUUCCAUGGUGGCACCGGCUCUUAGCCCUGAACCAGGAUGGGAGGUUCUUGAUGCAUGCGCAGCACCAGGCAACAAAACUGUCCACCUUGCAGCCCUUAUGAAGAGAAAGGGUAGGAUUAUUGCAUGUGAGCUGAAAAAAGAAAGGAUUAAGCGCUUGAACGACAGUAUAAAGCUAUCUGGGGCUUCCAACAUACAGGUUCUCAACGAGGAUUUCUUGAACAUAAAUCCCAAGGAUCCUUCAUACUCUAAGGUAAAAGCUAUUCUUUUGGAUCCUUCCUGCUCAGGUUCUGGUACUGCCGCUUCUAGGCUAGACCAUCUUCUCCCAUCUAAAGUAGCAGGUCAGGAUAUUGACAUGGAAAGACUGAACAAGCUUGCAGCUUUUCAGAGAAAAGCUCUUCAGCAUGCCUUCAAUUUUCCAGCUUUGGAAAGAGUUGUGUACAGUACAUGUUCAAUAAACCAAAUUGAGAAUGAAGAUGUUGUGAAAUCAGUUCUGCCCAUAGCUGAGUCACAUGGAUUCCAACUGGCGAAACCCUUCCCCGAGUGGCAGUGUCGCGGUCUUCCAGUGUUUGAAGGCUCUGAAAAUUUUGUUCGGACAGAUCCGGCCAAGCAUGGUGAGGGUUUCUUCAUUGCGUUGUUUGCCAAGAAAGAUGCUAACCUUUCAGUGAGGUCAAAUAAAAAUGAUAAUAGGACUCUCCACGGUUCUACCAAAACUAGAAACUUGCGAAGGAAGAAACCAAUGUUCAUUCACACUAAUCUGUUCAAAAUGUGGUUUUAUGGUCAACUGAACCGGCAUUGAAUACUAGACAAGUCCUAUAGGGUUGAAAUCCCGAUAGAUAAUAGAACCAAUUCAUAAAAGUAGAUUAAAGCAGUUUUGUUGCAGCAUUUUUACAGUUUUUUUCCCAUAUAUAGAAAUGAAAAAGGAGAAAAUUGUAUUCUUUGUUUUCUUACUGAUGAAAGAAAUUACAAAGACUGAACCUCUCUUUAUCAUGCAUUGAAUAUUUAUUGCUAGCAAAGAUUACCCCCAAGCUUUGA